AGGGAAUCGAGAGUCGACUCAAAAGCUUUCGAUUCUAUUCUACUACGUGACGUUUGCCCGCCUGUGUGAAAAAUGCAUCCUUUCACAGUGAACACAAUCGAGAAAGGAUUUGCGCAGAAUCGACUCUUGAAACCGACUCCACAUCUUCCCUUCACUUAGAGUCGGAGUCGACUCUUAAAUCACUGGAAUCGAACACGAGUCUUUGCCAAGUGGGUGGAGUUUUGUUGUGUUUUUGUUAGGCUAGCAUUUGGUUGGUCGCCGCUGAAGUGAACGAUAAUGAGCCGCAGGAGCAUCUGAAGGAAGUCGGCAAGAUGACAAAUUAAUGACAGUUAACGGUGCUACAUAAGCUGUGGUAGUUUUUCUGAUAGGUCAGACAUAGAACCAACGAUGCCAGAACUCUCAGUCGACCCAAAGAGUCGCCGGCUUUUUUGUUUAACUUUAUAUAGGAGGUUCACGUAUCGCGUAUAGUUAGAGUUUUUGCAUGUCUCUCGUCGUAUCCGAAGCUGAACUGGAACAGAAAUAUCUUACAUGACUAUUAGCUCGAUUAAACGGCUGUAAUAUGGAAAGAGAAGUCUCUGAAGACUCUGAAACAUUAGGCUUCGUUUCCCAGAAAGACAUAAUUUACAACAAACUUUUGCCUUAUGAGGACAAAUUAGAUGCAGAGUCAAAUGAAAUACUGGCACAGAUCAAAGGAAACAUUGGCCAGGCUGUCCAACUUAGGGAAAUAUGGCCAGGGGUGUUGUUUUGGACAAGGAAACUUUCCACGUACAUUCGGCUGUAUGGCAGGAAGUUCAGCAAAGAGGACCAUGUGCUGUUUAUCAAGCUCCUGUACGAGCUGGUGACCCUUCCCAAGCUGGAGAUCAGCAUGAUGCAGGGUUUUGCCCAUCUCCUCAUCAGCUUGCUCAAAAAAAGAGAGUUGCUCUCUAGAGAUGACUUGGAAUUACCAUGGAGACCCUUAUACGAGUUACAGGAGAGGAUCCUGUAUUCAAAAACAGAACACCUUGGCCUCAACUGGUUCCCCAGUUCUCUGCGGCCACGCUCUACUUCUAAGCACAUAAUCAUAAAAAUUGCUCAGAGGUGCUCAGUGGAAAGGGUAUUGAAGGCUUUGGUCAAGAACUGCAGACCAUAUUUCCCUGAGUCAGCUACUCAGGAAAUGCUGGAUGAGUGGAGGCCACUGCUGUGUCCGUUUGACGUGACGAUGCAAAGAGCCAUUGGUUACUUUGAGCUUUUUCUGCCCACCACUCUGCCUCCUCACCUACACCACAAAGGCUUCAAAUUGUGGUUUAAGAACCUCAUAGACCUUUGGGUAACUGUACAGAAUCUUCCCACAUGGGAAAUGCAUCUUGUAAGUCUCUUUGCUCGAUUGGCUAAUGACAACAUUGGCUACAUAGACUGGGAUCCCUAUAUACCCAAGAUUUUUACAAGGAUUUUGAGAAGUCUCAAUCUUCCAGUAGGAUCCAGUCAGACUCUUGUGUCCCGAUACCAGACGAAUGCCUAUGACAUCAGUCAUGUAGCCACAUGGGUUACAGCUUUAUUGGGAGGGCCUGGGAAACAGGCCCAGACUCAACUGAGUGGCCUUUUCAAUAGUAUCAAUUCUUUCUUCCAUCCUUCUAAUCAUGGGCGAUGGCUGAUGAAGCUUAUGAAACUCCUACAGAGAUUGCCGGCAAGUGUGGUACGGCGGCUACACCGUGAGCGCUACCGCAAGCCCACCUGGUUGGCCCCGGUGCCUGAGAGCCACCAGCUCAGUGAGCAGGACAUCACUGACUUUGUGUCCAGCAUGAAGCAGCCUGUCCUACUGGCUAUGUUCAGUAAAACUGGUAGCCUGGAUGCAGCUCAGGCCCUGCAGAACCUGGCUUUACUCCGACCUGAGCUUGUCAUCCCCCCAGUGCUGGAGAAGACAUACCCUGCCAUGGAGACACUGACAGAGCCGCACCAGUUAACAGCCACUUUAAGCUGCAUGAUUGCAGUGGCUCGGAGUCUGGUGACAGGUGGCCAGCGUUUCCCCGAGGGUCCCACACACAUGCUGCCUCUGCUCAUGAGGGCACUGCCCGGCAUUGACCCGAACGACUUCAGCAAGUGCAUGAUAACGUUCCAGUUUAUAGCUACAUUUACAACUCUUGUGCCUUUGGUGGACUGCUCAUCUGCUGUUCAAAAAAGAAAUGACCUGACCAAGGUGGAGAAAGUGCUGUGCUCAGCCUCAGCAGAGUUUGAAGAUUUUGUUCUUCAGUUCAUGGAUAGGUGUUUUGCACUGAUUGACAGCAGCACUCUAGAACAGACUCGAGAAGAGAUGGAGACAGAAAAGACUCAUCUGGAGAGCCUGGUGGAGCUGGGCCUGUCCUCCACCUUCAGCACCAUCCUCACCCAGUGCUCCACGGAGAUAUUCCAGGUGGCUUUGGAGAAGGUCUUCAUCUUCGCCACCACCAAUAUCUUUGAGACUCAUGUAGCAGGGAGAAUGGUGGCAGACAUGUGUCGAGCAGCUGCUAAGUGUCAGCCAGAAAAGUCUCUCAAGCUUUUUGUGCCACACUGCUGCAAUGCCGUAAUUCAUAUCACAACCGAUGAGGAGGUGUUGAAUGACGAGGAGUUGGAUAAAGAUUUGCUGUGGAACCUGCAACUGUUGUCUGAGGUCACUCGGGUGGAUGGAGAUAAGCUGUUGCCCUACAGUGCUCAGCUUGUGCAGAUUCUUCAGCUUACACUGCACCUGAAGAAUAAGCAGGGCUACAGUCUGGCCUGCAGCCUGCUGUAUCACACACUGCGCUCCACAGCCCUUAUCUAUCCCAUUGAGUACUGCAGCGUGCCUGGCGGAUUCCAGCAGCCCCACCACCAGCACCUGCCCAUCAAGGACUGGGGGCGGCCAGGGGAUCUGUUGAACUUGGCCAUCCAGUGGCACGUGCCCAGUGAGGAAGAGAAAACUUUUGUGUUUAACACUCUGGACCUGCUUCUGCAACCUGAACUAAAGCGACUGCAGAGACAUGCGCAGGGAGAGCAAGAGAUGAGCAGGGAUGAUAUUCUGCAGAGUCUGUCCAUCGUGCAUCACUGCCUUCUGGGUGCUGGCAGCCUUCUGCCUCUACUGCGUGGAGAACCGGUGCCGGAGCUUGUCCAUACUAUGAUGCAACUCUGUGAGACAAAUCUGUACACUGGUGUGGAAUAUGACAUGUCAAGACAGAACUACAGAGAGGUCGUCUGUACAGUGAUGAGACAGCUACUGCACCACAUCCUUGAUCACUCUGAGGAUGACACCAAAUCACUGUUUUCCAUCAUAAAGGUCAUAAAUGACCUACUGCACUUCAGAGGCUCACAUAAACAUGAAUUUGAGUCACGCUGGAAGAGCUUCAGUCUGGUCAAGAAAUCCAUGGAGAACCGGCUCCAUAGAAACAAACAGCACAUUCGAGCAUUGCUCAUCGACAGAGUAAUGCUACAACAUGAGCUAAGGAAUCUGACAGUGGAAGGUUGUGAGUACCUCACUGUUCACCAGAAUCUCAUAAAGGACUUGCUCCGACUGUCCACCAGCACUUACAGUCAGGUGAGGAGUAAAGCUCAGAGUGUGCUGUUUACUGCCCUGGGAACCUACAACUUCUGCUGCCGAGACAUCAUCCCUCGAGUGCUGGAAUACCUGGACCCCAGCUGCACCAACGUCACCCAGCAGCAAUUCAAAGGUGCCUUGUACUGUCUUCUUGGGAACCACAAUGGAGUGUGCUUGGCUAAUCUUCAGUACUGGGACUGCAUAGCACUAACGUGGCCCGCUAUUGUGCACUGUGGUCUCAGUCCCACCAUGUAUCUGGAGAAGCCCUCAGUAGUGCGACUCUUUGACGAUCUCGCUGACAAAAUUCACCGGCAAUACGAGACCAUCGGCUUUGACUUCUCUAUACCUCAGAGUUGUCUAGACGUGGCCAUGAAGAUGCUGAACUCCACUUACCCAAAGCCAAGCCUGAGUGUGGCCACUGAAGAGGAGGAACUGGAGGGCAUUCAGAGGCAAGAACAGAAGAACAGAGCCUCAGUACAGAAAUACAACAAGCUAGUUGAGGAUCUUUUGGACUGCCUCAGUGACAGAAAUAUGCCCUGGAAGUUUGAGCAUAUUGCCAUUGGCUUCCUGUCCCUGAUGCUUAGAGACGACUGCCCUCUACCUUCUCGUGCUGUCCUCUUCUUCGUUCAAAGUCUCAACCAUGACUCACUCUUAGUCCGCAAGGUUGCAAUAUCAGCUUUAGCUGGCAUCUUGAAGCAGCUGAAGAGACCUCGUAAGAAGGUGUCAGUUAGUCCAUAUGACAUCUCUGAGCUCAAAACAUCUCUAGAAUCAUGGAGUGGUAAACAUGCAGACUCGAUGGUGUCAGGAGACAGACCUGAUAACCAGUGGCUGCAGUACAACAGCAGCAGACUGCCUCGCUCCCAGCAGGACUGGGACAAGUGCUGCUUCAUAGAGAAAACUCACUGGGGCUACUCCACCUGGCCACGGAAACUAAUGUUGUAUGCACCUUCUGAAGAGCAACCCAAGCGAGGCAAAACCAGAGAGGAAAUGACAGAGAGGGAGCAGAUCAUCUAUGAUCAUUUCUCCGACCCUGUCUUCAUAGACCAGCUCAUUCAGUAUCUCUCACUGGAAGACCGGAAGGGUAAAGACAAGUUCAGCCCUCGCCGCUUCUGCCUCUUCAAGGGUCUUUUCCGAAAUUUCGACGACAGCUUCCUGCCAGUGCUGAAGCCACAUAUGGAGCAGCUGGUAGCAGACACACAUGAGAGCAAACAGCGCUGUGUAGCUGAGAUUAUCUCUGGCCUCAUCAGAGGAUCCAAACACUGGAGCUACAGCAAGGUGGAGAAGCUGUGGGCUAUGCUCUGUCCUCUCCUCCAUACUGCACUUUCUAAUAUUACCAUUGAAACCUACGGUGACUGGGGCACCUGCAUUGCCACUGCUUGCGAGAGCAGAGACCCACGGAAGCUGCAUUGGCUGUUUGAAUUGCUAAUGGAGUCUCCUGUCAAUGGAGAGGGAGGCUCAUUUGUUGAUGCCUGUCAUUUGUAUGUACUGCAGGGAGGCCUUGCUCAGCAGGAGUGGAGAGUUCCAGAACUGCUUCACAGACUGCUGCAGUAUCUAGAACCCAAACUCACACAGGUCUACAAAAAUGUACGCGAACGCAUUGGCAGCGUGCUCACCUAUAUUUUCAUGAUUGAUGUGAAUCUGCCGCACACGCAGCCCACCACCUCUCCACGCAUCGCUGAUUUUACAGCCCGCAUGCUGUCCCGCCUCAAACCGCUGCUAGAGUCCGAAGGAGAGAUCCAAAACCAUGUGCUGGAUGAUAACACUGAGGAACAGGAUGAGAGGACCCAGGCCAUCAAGCUGCUCAAAACUGUGCUGAAGUGGCUGAUGACAAGUGCAGGACGCACUUUCUCCUCAGCUCUCCCAGAACAGCUGCAACUUCUGCCUCUUCUCUUCAAAAUUGCUCCUGUGGAGAAUGAUGACAGUUAUGAUGAGAUGAAGACGGAUGCUAAGACAUGCCUCUCUCUGAUGUCUCAGGGUCUGCUGUACACAGAACAGAUCCCACAAGUCCUCAGCACUCUACAGGAGAUUUCGAGGAGCAGCUCGUGGCACGCUCGCUACACUGUGCUCACCUACCUGCAGAUCAUGGUGUUCUACAAUCUGUUCACUUUCCUCAGCGAGCCCAAGGCCGUCAGCCUGGUUCGAGCACUCGUUUUAGAGCUGCUAGAGGACGAGCAGUUGGAGGUGAGAGAGAUGGCUGCUACCACUCUGAGUGGUUUCCUGCAGUGUAAUUUCCUGUCAAUGGAUAAACACAUGCAGGCUCAUUUUGAGACCCUCAGUAAGACCCGGCUGCCUGAACGCAGGAGGAGGGAAGUGGGCUCAGUGGUGGACACCAUUCCUUCUGCUGAUCUGCUACAGCGGCAUGCUGGAGUUUUGGGUCUGAGUGCCUGUAUCCUCUCCAGCCCAUAUGACGUCCCCACCUGGAUGCCCCAGAUCCUCAUGGACCUCAGCGCUCAUCUAAAUGACAUGCAGCCCAUUGGGAUGACAGUGAGGAAAACCCUCUCUGACUUCCGUCGGACUCAUCAUGAUAACUGGCAGGAGCACAAGCAGCAGUUCACUGAUGACCAGCUUCUAGUGCUCACUGACCUGCUGGUCUCACCAUGCUACUAUGCCUAAACUCAGAACAUCGUGCAACUCUUCACUGGAGACGUCCAGCUCACACAAGGAAGGAGCUGCUUUACAAGCUUUUAAAUGACAGCUAAAACUGGAUGUAACAAGGUGUACACAGCGUUUUUUUCUGAUACACUUAAUAUUUAAGAUUUAACCAUUAGCAGGGAUGACUGGUCUGCAGUAUGUAAUAUUCCUAUACAGAUUCAUUUUCUGCUUAUGGAGAGCAUGCAUGUGUUUUCUUUGGAGAAAUUAUUUUUACUUCUUAGUAUGGACAGUUUGAGUCUAUUUGAUGCACUGUGCACUGUUUGAUACUAUUUGAUGCUGUCUAGGGCUUUGUACACUGCAAAAAAUUGCAGUUUUGAUUAAUGAAAUGAACAGGUGGGAGUUAGAGAUAAACACCUGGAUUCUUCCAUCCAUGUCCAAAAAACAAUCUAUAUGCACUACUGUGCAAAAGUCAAAACCCUUCAUUUAUUAGAGAUUAGAACCACUUGCAUAAGGAGUUUCCAAGACAAAUUAUUAAAAGGCACAGAAAAACUGGGACCUUAUAGACUACCAAAACUGUCACCACAAGAUAAACAGUACUUAAAGCUUUCAUCUUUGAGAGAUGUUUGCAGAUCAAACAUAGACACGCUGGUGUUUUCAGAACAAAGGAGUGUUCACCCCAGAGCCCAUAGCUCAACAUCAUUUAAUGUGUUUGGGAUUACUUGGAUUAUAAGAAAUAGAAAAUACAACCAACUGAACUUUGGAAGUGUGAAAAAUAUCCCUGCAGAUUUUGAAAAACUGAAAGCAAGUCUCCCAAAAAAAGAAUGGAAGCUGUAAUAAAGGCAAAACCUGGGUACACAGCCUUGUUGAGUCUUCUGUUUUUUUUUGUUUGUUUUUUAUUUUGAUACUGUACUUGAUGGCCAUUUUAAUAGAAAGUUCAAUAAAUGAAGACUGCUGUCUGACUUUUGCACAGUG